GUUGCGAAAACACGGCGGCGAGCCAAGCCAGGGGCGACAAGCGAUGCGACGAUGAGUACGAAUCCCAGACACACGCGAACGGCCGCGACCAACGGACCCGACGCCGACCGCACCACGCGGGCAACCUCAACAGAGAAAUCGCGCGCGGCGAAAACGUUCCUCGAUAACUGGGUCGAGCCGUCGCUGCCACCACCUGCGCCCAGCUUCACGGAUCACCUGCACCUGAGCAUCGAGCGGUACGGCGUGCUGGAGAACAUGGUGCCCCUGGGCACGAUGCCUACGGCGAAGGCGAAGAAGAUAGGCAAGGACACGCCACGGAGGGCGGUCAAGGCGGAUGAGUCGGAGGUGGAGGCGUCUACGUCGCGCGAGCUGGUGACGCCAGAGCCCCAGAUCAACAUCAUCAGGAAGCGAUCGCAGUCCGGGAAGGCGGACGACGAGGAUUGGAACCCGAGUACGCCCAGCGCGCAGGCUAGGAAGAGCGCGACAAAGACCAAGCAGAGUGCUGAGGCAGGAGCGAUGAUGUCGCAGUCGCCGCAUCACAGCAAGGAAGAGAGGGACAUGUUCAUUACAGACAGGGCUGUGCAGUUUGCGGUCGAGGAUGCUAUAUUGGAUUACAGAUGGCCUACGGCGUACGCAUUACGGACUAUGUACAAUGACCACAGGAUCAACCCGCGCAUCCGCCGGCUUUUCAUGCUCAUCUUUACCGACCAGGCUACGAAGGAGGAGAAGACCGAGUUCCAGUGUCUGAUGACCUACAAGAAGAAAGAAGGCGCGAAGGACAACAAGGCCCAGCGUUACUUUGACGAACACGACAACCUUUAUUCACCCGUGAACCUGUUCCAGAAGUCUUGGAGUUUCAGUGGUGCUUCAAAGAGGGCUUCUACAGAAGUGGCAAAUCGUGCAUCGGCGUCCCCACACAAAGAUACGUCUCACGUAAGUAAAAAGGCAAAAGUCGGCCACGCCCAGCAAGCCGGCAGCCACACCACGCCUCACAUUCACCUUAAUGUGAGCGGAAGCAGCAGUGCCAGUGGCAAGCCGGCCGAGAUGAAUGGAACAUCCAAGGGCAAGCCGGCAGUUUCUACCGCGACACGGAGCAGAUCGGUGUCGAGCAGCUCAUCGCUAUCAUCACUUGAUGAAGCCGUCCUCGAAAGUGAAAUGGCCGAUAUUUCGGAUGAGACGGCCCAAGGCGAGGAAAUUAGUGAGAUGAGCCAUGGCACCAAAGCGCUGAGGACGCGGCGGGAGGAACCCAGUCGUUCUGCCGAAAAGACGGCGCGCAAUCAAAAGGCCAAGCAACCAAUUACAUGGCAUUCAGCGCACGCCCCAAGGCCAAACCCGCACACCUUCACUGCUGUCAACACUAAACCUCCUGCUGCAUCAACACCAUCAUCACCUCCUGCUCUCUUCCCCAAUUUAUCGUUCAACGCCAACAAUCGCAACGGCACCGGCGACAACGUGAUGCGCCCGUACCUUGACGAGAACUACGCUCUACCCCAGUCCCUCUCGCUACCACCGCAAAAUCUCGUGCGCUCUCACAAGAAGGGCGCCGCUGCUGCGCUCCGUCGCAUCACGACACCUCGUGACGAGGAAAUUAUUCGUCGCAAAAAAGAAGCCAAGGGCAGGACCGACGGCGCCAUUUCCACGCGCCAGAGCUUCGUGCGGACGCCGGUGCAGGGGCCUGAUUUGGGGUCAGGCAGCGAGGCAGGUGAUGGGGGCGCGGCGGGGGUGUCGCAGCCUACCACGCGGCAGGUGUUACGUUUUAGGCGGAGGAAUCGCGACGAUGAGUCGGAUAACCACAGCUCGCCGACGAGACUGUCAUUUCAACUUGACCUGGCGCCGGGAUCUACGAGGAAUUCAAGGGCGAAUACGCCGAUUGCGGGAGCGAGACCAACGCGGAAGGCAAAGAGUUUAGGAGCACGGAUGAAGUCAUCACCAAAAAAGAACCCCCAAGGAACUUCCGCUGGUAUCCCAAGAGCCAGUGGGCAAAGAGACAGUCCUGUAUCAGGUGGCCCAGGAGUCAACUUUGACGAAAACGAUGAAUACUGCUCAGCAUGUGGAGGCAACGGCGACCUCGUCUGCUGCGAUGGAUGCACCAGAGCAUUCCAUUUAAUCUGUGUCGACCCUCCAAUGGAGAGUGUUAGCCAGUUACCACCAGACUGGUACUGCGUCUCCUGCGGUUCCCUCCGCACCGGCCCAGGCGCCACCCACCGUCGUCGCGGCUUAUUCGGUGAACUCACCAUGCUCGUCGAGAAGCGCAACCCCUCCGCCUUCCACCUCCCCUUCUCCAUCAGAGACUGGUUUGAAGGCGUCCGCACCGGACCAGAGGGCGAGUAUGAAGAGGGUAACCCUCCGAAGAAAAAGCAAGAAGAAGCCAUCGACUUCCUCCGCCUCAAUGACGCAAAGGGCAACCCCGUAAUCUGCAACUCCUGCUCCCGCGGCUCCGGCGGCACCCUCGCCAUCAUCCCCUGCAGCUUCUGCGGCCUCCACUGGCACCUCGACUGUCUCGACCCACCUCUCGCCAACCCCCCCGCCAUCUCCUCUACCCGUCCCUGGAAGUGCCCUUGCCACAUCGACGACCUCCUUGAUACCGUGCCUGGGGCGCUGGGGCCGGCUCACCGCUUCCGCCGCGUGAAGGGGAGGUCGGCGAUUAAGCCCGCGCUGAAGAGGGGGAUUAGGAAUGAUGGACAUGUAGAGGUUGAGGUGGCGGGGAGUGAGGAUGAGGAGGGGGAGGAGUUUUUUGAGGAUAGGGAGUAUGGGAGGGUGUAUAUGUUGCCGGAGAAGGGGAUUAUUCUGGAUUUCAUCUCACGUGUCCACACAAAACGCCGCACCGAAACAGCACUCACAGACCCCUACGCCGUCGCUCCCGCCCCACCUACCGCCACCACCACCGCCACCACCACCGCACAACCCCUCACACCCCGCAACAUAGCUGACCAACAAGCAGCCCUCAACCUCGCGCAACUAGCGACGCAAUCAGGCCACCCACCUACUGACAGCACGAACCAGCUCAUCACCGCGCUGCUGACCGAAGCGGCGCCGGCGGUUAUCGAUCUGGUUGCGCGCGCUGAUACGGGGGAUAUCACGGAGCGGGUGUUGGCGAAGAUGGAUGUGCAGGCGUUGAGGGCGGUGAGGGGGUUGAUUGAUGGGGUGUUGGCUGGGAGAGAGGGGAAGAGGACGAGGGAAGAUGAAGGGGAGGUGGAGGGGGGGGAUGAGAAGAUGGUGGUUGAGGUUGAGAAGUGAGGGGGGAAUAAGGGGGGUGUAUCAUAUUGUAUUCGUUUGGGGGAACUUUCCAGACGGAAGGGGGGAUUGGAGAUGAGAUAAGAUAAGAUAGGAUGACUGGGGCUGGGUUGAGCGAUAGAAAGUUAAGAUGGUUAUGGGGGGGAAAUAGGUUGUAUCGGGGAUGAAUCGCCAAGUUAGGAGAGGGUUGAGGUGGGGGAAGUAAAGACAGUAGGAAGGAUAGCAAAUCCAAGCCUGAGAAUGC